AUGAGUGAACCGGACGCGAAAAUUGCGAAACACGGAGAUCCUGGCUGUACGUGUACGACGUGCCACAUCACAAAAAGGCGAUCACAUAAGAAGUCCCGUAACGGGUGUAAAACCUGCAAGCGAAGAAGAAUCAAGUGUGAUGAAGCCAAACCCCAAUGUGGGCAAUGCUCGAAAGCUAUUAUAACCUGCGAUUUUGCCGCUUCAGCAUCAAUCACAGACCUCGUCCCAACUCAUGAUGUUAUCGUCGAGACCGUUUCUCAUGGAAAUUCGCGGAGAAGAGGGAGACCGCGGAAAGAUUGGGAUACGGCAUCCAAAGGGCUAAGCCCCCAAGAAUUCUUCGAAUCACCCGAUAGCCUAAGAUCCAGGUCAAUUGACACAGCUCUCGUAGUCACGCAGAGCGGGGAGCAGCAGGAACAAGUAGCCUCGGAUCUUCCUUGGAUAUGGACCGUAGAUGAUCUCGAGUUGCAGCACCACUUCUUAACGUCUGACGAUCUUACAUACUCAAAUUCGCGAUUCUGGCGGGAGAGAGUCCCCCGUCUUGCCUUCACGCACCAUUACGUCCUGCAUCUGCUUCUCGCAAUCUCCGCACUACACUUAUCCAAAGAGAAAGAGAACUCUACCGAGUCAUCUAAAUAUGAGCAGCUCGCAGAUGUUCACUACACCAUAGGCCUACGCCAAGUGAUGGCCAUCAUGCCAACAUCUAAUAAAGACUAUGCUGGAGCACUUUACAUAUCUACCACGCUUGUCUGUGCGUAUGCAUUCGCAAAGAAGCCUAGCCCAGAACACCUCUUGAUAGUCUCAGACGGAGAAGAAGUGGCAUGGUUCGAAUUACUUAGGGGUGUUCGAAUUGUUGUUACAACAAUGGGAUGGGAUGCCAUCUACUCUGGAGUUCUGGGUCCCCUCUCGGCUGCCGAUGACGAGAAGUCACUCCCAGAGCCAGGUCCCACGAGACGACUAGUCCAAUGGGGGCCUGCCUUGAGCAGUCUUACAGACUUGAUUACAUGCUCUGGCGAUCCAGAAACCCCCGUAUACUUGGAAAUGAUUCAACGGGUUUCGUCUUGCUUUGAGACAACUUUUGGUACAACUGCAAGGCCAAGGCUUGAUUGUAACGGCAAGAUGGAGGUCAUUAUCGGUUGCAUUUAUGGUAUCGAUGAUGAUUUCGUGCUUUGUCUAAAACAUAAGAGGCCCUUUGCACUUCUCAUCCUGGCACACUUUGUUGUGUUGCUCAAGUCGCUCGAAUGGAUGUGGUACAUAAAGGGGUGGGCAAGCCACAUUCUUCAUGGCAUCGCACUCAUUUUAGGGCCUCAGUAUAGACAGUAUUUGCGAUGGCCAAGAGAAGAAAUCGAGAGGCUUGGCAAAGAUCGAGAUCAUCUCACUAAUGGAGAAUCGCCUUAA